AUGUAGUAAAUUUUUAAUAGAAUUUUAAAUAGAACAAGUAGUUAAAAUGAUGAAAAAAAAGAUAGCUCUUAACCCAAAGAAAACACUUCCUUAUAGCCAAAUACUAUUGAAAUUUAAAACCAUUUGAUUUACUGCUUAGAGAAUUCUUCUAUUAAUUUAUUACCUGCUAUGGCAAGAUAUGGUUUUUCCUCAAUUUAAAAUGAAAAAAUAUUACUUAUGAAAGAACUUAUUUAGCAUUCUAAAAGUUUUAUAGAAGAACCAGUUAAAGAACCUUCUUAAAUUAAUUAGACUGGAAUUUAAGAUUUAAUGUAGAUAAUUUAAAAUAGAUAAAGCGAAGAUGGAGAUACUAAUUCUGAAAUAAGCUAGGAAAGAGAUUCAAAUGAUGAUAUCGAAGGAGUGGAUUAAGAAUUAGAAGAAGAAGAAUAUGAAGAUAUAGAGGAAUAUGAAGAUGAUGAGGAAUUAGAUGAAGAUUAUAAAAGUAAUGAAGAAUUAGAAGAUACAGAAAAUUAAGAAGAAGUUGAAGAGCAUGAAACUAUUUAAGGAUAAAACAAUAAUUCUAAUCAAAUCUUAUAAGAUGAAAAUGAUGAAGAAGAUUUAUAAGAUGAAGGUUAAUAUGAAAAUUAUGAAGGAGAUGAUUAUGAUUGA